AUGCCUAAAUCAAAACGCGCCCGCAUCGUCCACACCUCCGUCGUUCAAAAGAAAGCCACCAAAGAAAAUAAUGCAACCCUCUUCGCCGCAGUCCAAGCCGCCGCCGACGAGUAUGCCCACAUCUUCACCUUCUCCGUCGAAAACAUGCGCAACACCUACCUCAAAAACGUGCGUCAACACUUCAGCGACUCGCGUCUCUUCUUCGGCAAGACAAAAGUAAUGGCCAAGGCGCUGGGAACAUCACCAGAAGACGAGCACGCCCCAGGACUCCACAAGCUGUUGCCGCAUCUGAAGGGAAACGUGGGACUGUUGUGCACGAAUAGGGCACCGGGUGAGAUCUUGGAGUACUUUGAGAGCUUCGUCGAGGUGGAUUACGCGAGGGCUGGGACGGUUGCGGAUAGGACGUUCACAGUACCAGCGGGGACUGUGCACAGCAGAGGUGGAGAGUUGCCGAUCGAGGACGAUGUGCCGCUACCACAUUCGCUGGAGGUCACUGUCAGGAAGUGGGGAAUGCCGACAAGAUUGGACAAAGGCAAGGUUAUUCUGGAUCAGGAGUACGUGUUGUGCGAAGAGGGCAAGGAGAUGAACAGUCACCAGACUGCGCUGCUGAAGCUGUUCGGUGUGGCUAUGGCGGAGUUCAAGGUGCAGGUGUUGGCGUACUGGAGUGCUGCAACACAGGACGUGACAGAGAUGAACUCGCAAGCUGAUGCAGGCGCUAUGGAAGAAGGUUGA